AUGAAGCUGUGGCUGCCAGGAGAACAGGUCACACCGCUGUGGCUGCUGCUGUCGCUCUGUGCCUUGCAGACCCCCGCGGGGAGCACUGAGGUUGCUCUCAAAGUUGACCUUGACUUGACACCAGAUUCUUUCGAUGAUCAAUACCAAGGCUGUAGCAAGCAGGUCUUGGAGGAGCUAAGCCAAGGAGACUACUUCGUGGAGGAAAUAGGCAGUCAUAAGUAUUACUCCAGAGCCUGGCAAAAAGCCCACUUAACCUGGUUGAGCCAAGAGGAAACCCUCCCCGAGAGCAUGACCACCACACAUGCUGUGGCCAUCUUGGUCUACACGUUGAAUCACAAUGUGAGCUCUGACUUUGCCACAGCCAUGGCCAAGGCUGUGGGGUCUCCCGGGCAGUACCAACAGUCAUUCCACUUCAAGUAUUUGCAUUACUUCCUCACCUCCGCCGUCCAGCUGCUGAGGGAAGAGAGAGCCACGAAGAACAGUGACCUGUGCUAUGACGUGCAUCACGGGAUGAAGAACGUGAAGUUUGAAGUCCAUGUGGGUGCCACCAUUCGGUUUGGCCAGUUCCUCUCUGCCUCCCUGCUGAGGGAGGAGACCCAGGAGUCUGGAAACCAGACACUGUUUACUAUUGCUACGUGCCUGGGUGCCUCUUUGCAAGGCUUCUCUUUCCGGAAGGAAGUCUUGAUCCCCCCCUAUGAGGUAUUUGAAGUCGUAAGUAAGAGCCGCAACCCCAAAGGAGAGUCGAUAAACUUGCGGUCUGUUGGGAACCUGAGCACAUACAACUGCCAGUUGUUAAAAGCUUCCAGCAGGAGAGGCACCCCUGAUCUAAUGGUGAUUGCUUGCCUCUGUUUGGUCAGCGUUGUUAUUUCUUCCAUAGACAGAGAGCAAAGGAAUCCACCGGCUUCUUUUUAAAGGAACUAUUUAAACUUUUUGCUCAUCUUUUGGUUAUCAGAAUCUGAGAUCCACACUUCCCACCACACCACAGAGGACACCGGAGACAGAAGUUGGUGGAAGAAAAUAAGUUUAUUCAAAACCAGCCCUAAUUAAGGCAGAAGACACUGUCUCAAAUCCCUACUAAAAGGGAUCUAUAUUGGCUACUUCCUUGUCGCUGU